AUGCGACUAAUAGCGAUGCUGUCGCUCGUUUACGAAACUCGCGACAAAAAGUCGCUGUGGGCGAGGGACCUAACAUUCUACGUGACCUGGGACAUGUUUUGUGUUGACGCUCUACGGAUAAAACAGUCUCCAGGAAUGUUUUCCAGAAAUAUAACGCAUGAUUCGUUCUUCGGGCGGACGUACAACAACCUGUCGUCGAUAUCGGAAUGCAAGAAUAACGGCGAGUGCGUCAUCAACAAGAAGAACAGAACGGCGUGCAAGGCCUGCAGACUACGGAAAUGCCUUCUAGUGGGCAUGUCCAAGUCCGGCUCGAGAUACGGAAGAAGAUCCAACUGGUUCAAAAUCCACUGCCUGUUACAAGAGCAGCAGCAGCAACACAUCCAGCAACUGCAGACGAGCAAGUCACCCCCCAGGUUCAAUUCCUCUAUAAAUCCGUCCUUUCUGCCGACGAAUCUGUUGCCAGCUUCCGCAUUAGCUGAGUACUACAAAAAUUCUGAGAAGAACCACUUCACAGAGGACGUGACGCGGCAAAGCGUGUCGCCGUCCGAUUCUGGAGCGUCGUCAGCUGAUCCAGAAGAUGACAACAGUUCGAGAAGUACAAGCGGCUUGAGCAUCUUUAGACCUGCUUCGUCUCCGUGCAGCGAAAAAGACGUGAGAUUACAAGCGAUAAGGAACCAAACGAGGGACGUCAGGAAACGGAAACCUUCAACUCUACCGCCUUCCCCGUUUGGUCCAGUAUCAGCUACUCCGAGUUUUUCGCCGCGCACAGGUCCAUUUUUACCAACUCCGUUGCAAAAUUUGAGACCGAUACCACCUGGUUUGGCCACAUGGCCCAACCGAAACGGUGGUGACUUGCUCCUGCAUUCGCCGGCCGUCGCAGGUGUUGCCAUAGAUCAAGACCAACCCAUAGAUCUAUCGAUUAAAUCCACUGCUGUUCUAUUUAGAAGUCCUAAGAACGAUGAAGUUAGCGAUUCGGAGCCCGAACUAAGUAUCGAUUUGAGCGAAGAAAAUGGCAAAGACAUAAUGAAGAAUCCUCUGGAUCUGUCACUCGUCCCCAAGAGAACAGAAGAAGUGCCAAUGACAGGAUGAACUUAGUUUGUAAAGCGAACCGUGAGUCAAUACAGCCAUGUAGCUCGUUACUCUAUUUAUAUGUAAAUAACUUAGUCUAAUUUUUAUGAGACGAGUUGAUUUCUCUGCCAUACAGUAUUUAAGUAAAAUGUACAUUCCUUCUUCUUGAUUACCUGAUCUGACUACCAUUACGUAAGAGUUGUUAUUUUUUUUCUUUGUACAGUAGGGUAUUAAUUUAAAAGUCAUGUUGUGUCUAAGUAUAGAGUUGCAAUAAAUUAAACGCUGAAAGAGGCAGUCAAUCUGAAUGCGUGUCUGUUUCUAGCCGAGUGGCAUUUUGUUGCCUAUCUAAGCCUAAGGAAUUCACUGUGAAGAUACGUGAAUGUUUAUAGAAAUGCCAGUUCCAUGAGCCAGUGUGUUGUUUUACCAGUAUGUAGUUAUUUUUUUAAAGGGAUCAAAGGCCAGUUAGUUUGAAGCUCAAAAUUCUUAUGUACAAAUAUUUUUAAACUUGCGUUACUAUGCAAGACUUCUAUUAAGUUAAUUUGUAAGUACUU